AUGUACGAGGAAAAUGCGAUGGAGGAAGACAACGACGAGGAAGAGACUGAAGAUAUAGAUCGCCACGGACAUCAUCAUGAUGGUCAUCAUUAUGCGUAUUCGUAUCAUCAUUUUCUGGGACCAGUGAUAGGCCAUCACGAAGAGAUAACCUGGAAAGAUAAGCACGGGCAUCAUCAUCAUGACUACAAGGCUCAUCCUAAAUACAAAUACUCGUACAGCGUAGACGAUCACCAUACUAAGGACUAUCACGGGCAGAAGGAACAUCGUGACGGUAAACAUGUGGAAGGCGAAUAUCAUAUCCAUGAGCCUGGUGGCAAUGUUAGAAGCGUUAAAUAUCAUGCUGGUCCUCACGGUGGAUUUUAUGCCGAAGUUCAUAACAAUGGCGGAAACGACCAUUCGGGUGGUCAUAAGCAUCGAUAGUCGAAAGAUGUAA